GCCGCCACUACUGCCGAAAUCACCACAACUACGAUCCCGUGUGAGAAAUGGGCAAUGGCGCCCAAACCUUCGAAACCAAGAGCUGAGAUUGCAGGAAAACUGUCCACCGACCGCAGGGAACGCUCCAAAAAGGUGGCUGUCCUGAAAAAGAAGCGGACGGAACUGGUCGAGAAAACGUCCGAGUUACAGAGCAAACAAGCAGCGGAAGAAAUUGAGGGCCUGGAAAAGGAGAUUGUUGCAUCGCCGAGGGGGUAUAAUCACGUUGUGAAGUUGUUGGAAUAUUUGAAGGUUUGUUCGCUCCCGGAGGGGAACGGAUGGGCGAAGGGAGGAAGGAGUGGAGUGGCUAAUGGAAUGUGUUGCGUGGUAACAGAGUCCGGAGAAGGCGACUAUCAGCGCUGCCGCGACGUCGCUAUGCCGAGCUUUCAUCAAACUCAUGGCGAAAGGGGAAUUGAGUAAGAAGAAGGGCGCUACCGAUGCCGAGGUUCAGAUUUUGGGGUGGUUGAGGGGUCAGUAUAAGGUAUUUGUUGGGGAACUUUGCGGGUUAGUAGAUUAUAAAGAUGGGGGUGUACAGGUUAGCUCCACUCUCGCCCCUGUUGGUGCUCCGCGAUAUCUGGCAACUGGCCAUUAACAGGAUAUAGGAGGAGGUUCUCUGGCUACUCAUGAGAUUGGUGAAGGCCGAGUCUGAGCACUUGACACCCCCCGGGGGUGAGGCGUACUUCGCGCACAACCUGUUCCAGAAGAUCGUGGAGGCGCUGGUGUAUGCUGAGAAUCUGGAGGACUAUGUCCGGAUCCAAUUUACGGAAGAGUACUUGGAUGCGUAUGAUGACGUUCGGUAUUCAUUUUUUGCGGCCAUCAAGUAUAUCUUCUCCUUCUCCUUCAUACAUUACUACGGUUCUAACAUGAAUUACAUAGAGCACUCACCCAAACAGCCCUCAAAACCCCUCCCACCCUUCCACAAUUCACAAAAACAACAAUAACCCUAAUCCUCUCCCUGCACAACCUCCCAACCUCCACCACCCCGCCGUUUACUUCCUUCUUCGCCUUGGCCCCUGCCUCCUCCUCCACCACCUCCACGAACCCCCGAGCAAUCUUAACCCUUACCGCCCACCGCAAACUUCUCCAAACAACCUUCCUCCACCUCCUCCGUCUCCCGACGAUAACCCCCUACAUCCCCUCCAUCCUCCACAAUAUAACAACCCUAGCCUCCGCCUUCCCUAACCCGGAAACCCUCAUGGACUUUCUCACAGACACCUACUCCACCGGUGGUCCAACCGCCCUCCUGGCCCUAUCGGGCCUCUUCUACCUGAUAAAGACCAAAAACUUGGACUACCCAAACUUCUACCAAAACUUGUAUGCGCUGCUAGACCGGAACCUGCUGCACCUAAAGUACCGUUCCCGCUUCUUCCGGUUACUCGAGGAGUUCCUGAGCAGCAAGUACUUACCCGCAGCUUUAAUCGCCAGCUUCAUCAAACGUCUGGCAAGAUUAGCACUUAGCGCGCCGCCAGCAGCGGUAGUGGUGAUUGUCCCGUUCGUGUAUAACCUUUUAAAGGCGCAUUCGGCGUGUUGGUUCAUGCUGCAUCGUGAGGACACUGCGGAGGAGCUAGAUAGGUGGAGGAAGGAGGGCGUGGUAGAUCCUUUCGACGCGGAGGAAGAGGAUCCACUGGAGACUGCUGCAAUUGAUAGCUGCCUCUGGGAGUUGGAGAUGCUCAGGGGGCACUGGCAGCCGAAUGUUGCCACCCUAGCUAGGAUUUUGGGAGAGCAGUUUACCAAGGCUGGCUACGGGCUUGAGGACUUUUUGGACCAUUCCUAUGGGAGCGUGAGUGUUCCCUCCUAUCUUCCUCUCAGUGUGAGGGGUCGGUUGGGGCUAAUAUUGAGUAGAUGUUCGCGGCGGAGAUGAAGAAGGAUGUGAGUUCUGAGCGACCGCCGGUUGUAGAGUUUGAGGUUCCCAAGAGGAUCUUCCCCGAGGGUGAGAGGGAAGAAGGGAAUGGGAAUUUGUCUGGGGUUGCACUGAAUCCUUUACUUUCGCUCUGGGAGUUUUAGGCAUUUAUCGUGGUGCAGAAUGUAUGGGUAUAGAAGGUUUCCUAUCAUGUAUAUAUAUAUACGAUGAUGAGAAACAA